UUGUGACGUCAGGGUUUAGGAAGCGUCGCGUUGACUUCACGCGGAGCAGACGAGCGCUUCACCCGGACGCGAGAGGACCGACGCCAGCAUGAGUCCAGAGACACCCGCCUGAAGGACACACACACACACACACACACACACACAGCGCAGGAUGGACACACAGCGCAGGACGGCCGCGUAUCUGGAGAUAGCUGAUGACAGCGAAGGGCACGAGCUGAGUCUGUUCUGUGUGCCGAAACACUACGAGGAGGAUCUGGACAGUGUCAUUAUACCCAGUGGCCUCAUCAAAGACAGGACUGAGAGGUUGGCCAGAGAUAUCGUUCGGGACAUGGGCGGCCAUCAUAUCGUGGCCCUCUGCGUUCUGAAAGGAGGGUAUAAGUUCUUCGCAGACCUGAUGGAUUUCAUGAAGACGUUGAAUCAAAACAGCGAUACGUCUGUGCCACUGACUGUGGACUUCAUUCGGCUGAAGAGCUACUCGAAUGAUCAGUCUACUAACUGUGUGAAGGUUAUCGGUGGAGAUGAAUUAUCUGCUCUUACCGGCAAAAAUGUGCUCAUUGUAGAGGAUAUUGUAGAGACGGGAAAAACGAUGGAAACGCUGCUCAAACUAUUAAACGAAUGUCAUCCUAAAAUGGUGAAAGUUGUCAGUUUACUUGUGAAAAGGACGCCCAGGAGCUCAGGAUACCGUCCAGACUAUAUUGGAUUCGAAGUUCCUGACAAGUUCCUAGUGGGAUAUGCUUUAGACUACAAUGAAUAUUUCAGGGAUCUGAGUCAUAUCUGUAUUUUAAGUGACAGAGCGAAAGAAAAAUAUAAAGAAUGACAUGGACGCAUGAAGACAGAAAUCACUGUGAACUAUUUUUGUUUGUUAUUGUAACAUAAUUUUUGUACAUGCCAUCUGAACUGAAUAAUGAACUCCUAAAACAUGGGUUCCCAAAGAUCAAUGAUCACACUUACAGUGUUGCUGUGAAGGAUGAAUGAGACCGAACAUGUCCUGUGUUAUAAUUAGUCAUCUGAUUUUAAUCAUCAUUACUGGUGAAGAUUAUGGUUUGAACUGAGGCCUUCGAUUAAUUGGUUUUAUGUUUAUUUAAUGUUCACACAAGUCCAUUUGGCUAAUACAAGUUUGGAUUUAUAGCCCAGAGAUGCACAGUUCAUCACUGUUGGUUAGUUAUUUUUAUUUAUUAUAUAUUCUCUAGAUACUAACUACAGACACACAACACGUGUCAGGAAGGAGGAUUUUGAUCACCACAAUAAAAUUACAAUUACUCUUAC